UAUAUAUAGCUCUAGCACAAGCAGAUAGUCAGUCUUUGUAACCGCACCUGUGGAGAGUUCACUGGAGCAUGCAUUUGAAGCACAUUUAAUUCAGAGGGAGGAAUCAUGUUGAAUCCACUGUACUGGGUGAGACAGAGCAGGGGAUCUCCCAAACUGGUACUGGUAGUGGUGUGUGUGGCGCUUCUUCUGGACAACAUGCUACUGACAGUUGUAGUUCCCAUCAUCCCUACCUUCUUAUAUGCCAUGGAGCACGAGAAAGAGAACCUCUCCACUUCCCCUUUCUCCUCCUCUUCUUUCAAUAUGACACUACGACCCCCCAGCAAAUCCGUCUCAUCCUCCGUCCUUUCUCUGUAUGACAACACCACCUACAAUGUACAAGUCUCUUCUAGCAACAUGACUGAGUUCUUAUCAGCCCUUCUGCCUAACCAGUCUGGAGACAGAAGGCAGGACGUGGGUCAGGAGGAGCUGGAGGGCUGCCAGCAGGACAGACACUUUUUGGAGGAGGAGAACAUCCGUGUGGGCCUCCUGUUUGCCUCCAAGGCUCUGGUGCAGCUGCUAGUCAACCCAUUCGUGGGUCCACUGACAAACAGGAUUGGAUACCACAUACCAAUGUUUGCAGGGUUUGUCAUCAUGUUUAUUUCAACUAUAUUGUUUGCCUUCUCAGAGACAUAUAGCUUGCUGUUUUUUGCUCGAUCUCUUCAAGGAUUCGGCUCAUCAUUCUCCUCUGUGGCAGGAUUAGGAAUGCUUGCAAGUGUUUACAAAGAUGAUGAUGAAAGAGGUGUUGCUAUGGGAAUAGCACUGGGUGGACUGGCCAUGGGGGUUCUAAUUGGUGCCCCAUUUGGCAGUGUGAUGUAUGAGUUUGUGGGAAAAACUUCCCCUUUCCUCAUUCUAGCCUUUCUGGCUGUUUUUGAUGGAGUUCUGCAACUCUGUAUUCUCCAGCCCUCAAAGAUAUCUCCAGGAAGUACAGAGGGAACUCCACUGCUAACUCUGUUGAAAGACCCGUACAUCCUCAUCAGCGCAGGAUCUUUGUGUUUCGCCAACAUGGGAGUGGCCAUGCUAGAGCCCACUCUACCGAUAUGGAUGAUGCAGACCAUGUGUUCUCCAAAAUGGCAACUGGGUAUGGCAUUUCUUCCAGCUAGUAUAUCUUACCUAAUCGGAACUAAUCUGUUUGGUGUGCUGGCAAACAGAAUGGGAAGAUGGCUGUGCUCCAUGAUUGGGAUGCUGGUUAUUGGUAUUAGCCUCCUCUGUGUUCCCUUUGCAAAAAAUAUCUAUGGCCUCAUCAUUCCAAAUAGUGGUCUUGGAUUUGCUAUUGGAAUGGUGGAUUCCUCUAUGAUGGCAAUCAUGGGGUACCUAGUGGAUAUUCGUCAUGAAUCUGUAUAUGGAAGUGUUUAUGCCAUUGCAGAUGUAGCACUUUGCAUGGGGUUUGCCAUUGGUCCAUCUACAGGAGGUGCUAUAGUGAAAAGCAUUGGCUUCCCCUACCUCAUGGUUAUCAUUGGCAUCAUCAAUAUUCUGUAUGCCCCUCUUAGCUGCUUUCUGAGAAACCCAGCAGUGAGAGAAGAAAAUAUGGCCAUCAUUAAACAGGAGUGUCCAAUGCACGUGAAAAGUUACGACACACAGAGACGGAGAGAUGUUCCUCUAUGUGACACCAGCGAGGAGGAAACUGAAGAGUGACAAAAAUGGCACCAUUGUCUAAAUAAACGCUAAAUAAUGGAAGGCAAUGGUAAUGGUUAAGGAAAUACAUUGUAAUACAUUUUUUGUUGACACACACUUGUUUACACAACUCAUUUUGUUUAAAGUAUAGACAAAAAGUUAUGGACCCAGUGGUGUAAUUAGACAGCUCUACUUUAAUAUCAUCAAUCAUAGACAAAACUAACAUAUUUUAACAUAGUUAAUAGCACUGAUUCUUGAAAUGACAGGUGGAGGAGGAACAAAGGAGGAACAAGCUAAAUAAAUAAAAUUUCCUGUUUCACACCAGGGAUAUGUUGAUAGGAAUUAUCCGGAGUAAAAUGCACUUUAGAUCAGUGUUUUGAGAAAGUUCGAUUUUACCUUUUUUAGUCAAAUCUCGUUAGCGUGGAAUUGAGGGACCCUCUACUCACUACCACGUAAGUGUAAUGUUGUUUGGAACUGUAGAAGAGGUAUAAAAAUAGCGUUUUG